GUCAAACCUGCCUGCGUCUGUGCUGCUGGCUCAUCUGGACUGAGACCUUGGUCCAACACACAUCCACACAGUACACAGGAGCACAAGGAGAGAGGCGAUAACCGAGGGCCAACUUCGAUUGCAGUCCCCUUGCGCUGUAAUUCAACACAGCACCAUGAGUGAGUCAGUAGAAUCCACAUCAUCACCAUCAUCACACCCUGUGGACAAAGACCAGUCAGCCUCCUGCCCUGCUGCCACAGCCCCUCGCAGACCAGUCCGGCUCCAGGAGAGACGGGGAUCCAAUGUGUCCCUGGUGCUGGGCGUGAGCAGUCUCAGUCUGGAAGCAGUGGAGACCCUAUGCUCCAUCUCCACUCCCAGAGAGACCAUCCUCCACCUGCUGAGGACCUCAACACGCCCUCUGACCCCCUCUCAGCUGCAGGAGGCGUCUGAAGAGACCAGCAGGCUGAACUCAGAGUACCAGAAAAUUCCUCCAAACUUUGUGAACCCUUCAGAGCUGGAUAUUCCCGGACGGGCUUUAAAAGACAGAUACAAGACCAUACUGCCAAAUCCUGAGACCCGUGUGUGUCUGAGGAACCCCGCAGCAGAGGAGGCGGGUGAGACUGAGAGAUACAUCAACGCAAACUACAUAAAGGGUUACAACGGUGCACCUAGCGCCUACAUCGCCACCCAGGGCCCCAUGCUCAACACCGUGCAUGACUUCUGGGAAAUGGUGUGGCAGGAGAGAUCCACCUCCAUUGUCAUGAUCACCAAGCUGAAGGAGAAGAAAGAGAAGUGUGAGCUUUACUGGCCAGAGAAGGAGGGCAGCUAUGGCAGAUUUGAGCUCAGAGUGGCCAUUGUGAAAGAAUGUGAUGGCUACACAAUUCGAGACAUAAUUAUUCAGGUGGGCUCAGAGAGCAGGCAGGUGAGGCACUACUGGUACUCCACAUGGCCAGACCACCAGACUCCAGACUGCACUGGGCCUCUGCUCAGACUGGUGUCAGACGUGGAGGAACACAGGCAGUCCCACCCCAGCCUAGGAACCACCAUCGUCCAUUGCAGUGCAGGGAUUGGUAGAACAGGUUGUUUCAUCGCCAGCAGCAUUGGAUGCCUGCAGUUAAAACACACCAGUAAGGCUGACGUGCUUGGAAUCGUCUGCAAGCUACGCCUCGACAGGGGUGGUAUGAUACAGACCAGUGAGCAGUACCAGUUCCUGUACCUCACCCUGGCCCAGUACAGCCGACAGCUGGUGAACACAGACUGUGGCUCAGAGAGCCCUGUCCCUGUCCCUGUCCAGACCGGCAGUACUACAGGAGAAACGCGGUGACAGAGAAAGCCCAGCUGAAGCUCUGUCUUUCUGUAUGGGAGAACAAGAUUCUGGAACUAUGUCUUUCUGUAUGGGAGAACAAGCUUCUGGAACUCUGUCUUUCUGUAUGGGAGAACAAGCUUCUGGAAUUCUGUCUUUCUGUAUGGGAGAACAAGAUUCUGGAACUCUGUCUUUCUGUAUGGGAGAACAAGCUUCUGGAAUUCUGUCUUUCUGUAUGGGAGAACAAGCUUCUGGAAUUCUGUCUUUCUGUAUGGGAGAACAAGCUUCUGGAAUUCUGUCUUUCUGUAUGGGGGAACAAGCUUCUGGAAUUCUGUCUUUCUGUAUGGGAGAACAAGCUUCUGGAAUUCUGUCUUUCUGUAUGGGAGAACAAGCUUCUGGAAUUCUGUCUUUCUGCAUGGGAGAACAAGAUUCUGGAAUUCUGUCUUUCUGCAUGGGAGAACAAGAUUCUGGAAUUCUGUCUUUCUGUAUGGGAGAACAAGCUUCUGGAAUUCUGUCUUUCUGCAUGGGAGAACAAGAUUCUGGAACUCUGUCUUUCUGUAUGGGAGAACAAGAUUCUGGAACUCUGUCUUUCUGUAUGGGAGAACAAGCUUCUGGAACUCUGCUCAUGUGCUGUCUGUGGCAAUCUCAUCCCCUUGACUGUGACAGUUAUUGUAGCAUUUUUAUGGGCACGUGGGACUGGUUGGAAUUGUAUUGAAAUUCAUGAAUAAUCAUUUUGUCCAUAUUUGCUACCCUGAUAAUA